AUGCACUUCCGGGUCGAGGAGCGCGCGGCGGCGGCGGUGGCGGCGGCGGCGGCGGCGGCGGCCGGGCCUAAUCGCGCCUCUAGUUCGGGCGGCGGCGGCGGCGGUGAGCGCCCGGGAACGGCCGGCGGGGCGCGAGGUUCCGGAGCUGAACUCCAAUGUCCAGCAAUGGAUGACGACAGCCUGGACGAGCUUGUGGACCUAAGCCCAGGGCCCGAUGGCCACCCAAACCUCUGUGCUGCUGCCCUGGCCAGUGACGCUGGUGAGCCGCCCCCCCGCCUGGAGCUGGGGGCACACACCCAUGUCGGGCUCUUCAGGUGCACAGAAGGAAGCAGCGACGCCCACAGUGGGGGCUCUGAGGACAACACGGGCAGUGAGCACAGCGAGGACGAGGAGGGGGACGAGGACGAGGAGGGGGACCUGGAAGACGGAUCCGGUUCCGAGGAUUCCGAAGAAGAUGGCGAUGACGUAGACGCAUUAGUGGCCUCAGUGGAGACUCAGGGGGCGCUGGAAACCAGCGGUGCACUUAAUUCUGACGAUGAUUCUGAGAGCUGCCCCAUCUGUCUCAAUGCAUUCAGGGACCAGGCUGUGGGCACGCCCGAGAGCUGUGCCCACUACUUCUGCCUCGACUGCAUCGCGGAGUGGUCCAAGAAUGCCAAUUCCUGUCCAGUUGAUCGAACUAUAUUUAAAUGUAUUUGUAUUCGAGCUCAAUUUGGCGGUAAAAUCUUGAAGAAGAUCCCAGUGGAGAGCGCCAGGCUCGGGGAGGACCAGGAUGAAGACCCGACCUUCUGUGAGGUGUGCGGCAGGAGCGACCGGGAGGACCGUCUGCUCCUCUGCGACGGCUGCGACUCUGGGUACCAUAUGGAGUGUUUGGACCCUCCUCUCCAGGAGGUGCCAGUGGAUGAGUGGUUCUGUCCGGAAUGUGCUGCCCCCGGGGCCACCCUGGCCACUGACGCGGGUCCUGUGAGCGAGGAGGAGGUCUCUCUGCUCUUGGCCGACGUGGUGCCCACCACCAGCCGGCUUCGGCCACGCACAGGGAGGACCCGGGCCAUCGCCAGGACGCGGCAGAGCGAGAGGGUCCGAGCGACCGUGAAUCGGAACCGGCUCUCCACAGCCAGAAGGGUCGAGCGCGUCCCAAGGUACCUCAUGUCUUCUCUGCUGGAUGAGACCAUUGAAGCUGUGGCUGCCGGGCUGAGCACAGCCGUGUACCAGCGCCCCGGGCCGCGAGCGUCCACCCGCCGGAGGAGGAAAGCAGGAAGACGGAAGAAAGCGUCAGGAAGAAGGAAAACCCAGUCCAGGUCAUCUGUGAAGAGCCGGAGCUCAGGGACAAGGUCGAGGAAACGCCAGGGUCGCGUGAAGAAGAGGAAAGGGAAGAAGAUAAAGAAUGAAGUCACAGCUCGUUCCCGCAUCGCGCGAACCCUGGGCCUCUGCAGGCCAGCCCACGGAGCCUGCAUCCCCUCAGUGUACAAGCCUGCAGACCCCUCUCUGGGGCUGAUGCGCGCAGACAUCGGGGCAGCCUCUCUCUCCCUGUUUGGAGACCCCUAUGAGCUGGACCCCUUCGACAGUAGUGAAGAGGCAUCUGCGAGCCCUGCUUCCCCUCUGAGCGCCAAGAGGAGGAUUCUGUCCCGGUCAGCCCUGCGGUCGCACCAACCCGUGGCCAGGCCCGUCUCCAUGGGGCUCUCCAGGCGGAGCGCUCCCACCCUGGCGCCGCAGCCAGACGUGGACACGGGCCCUGGCCCCGACCUGCUGGGGAGCAUCCUGUCGGGCCAGCGCCUGCUGAUGAUGAACGGCGCCGACGUCGUCAUCCACCGCGAUGGCUCCCUCAGCGCCAGGAGGGCAGCACCAGUUUCUUUUCAGCGAAACUCAGUUGGUUCGUCCAAAGGGGCAGAAGGCACUGGGUCUGGGGCCAGCCUGCAGCCCAGAGGGACUCAGUCAGGAAGCGGGCCACAGAGCUUAGGGUCCAGCUGUCCAGGCCAGGCCUCCCCGGGUACACCCCCGGCCCCGCCCACGCCCGCCCGUGUCCCUGCGCUUGCGUCAGGCGCUGCUGUGAGGCUGGACUCUUCAGUGACCCCUCGGCCGAGCCAGGCCCAGACCUUUUCCAGCGUGAGCAAACCCGACUUAAAACAAGGUGACGGCCCCCGACUCAGUGGUGACAGCAGGCGCCCUCCACCUGCUAGGUCCGCGGCAUGGAAGGUCUCACGUGGCAGCUCCCAUGCGCCUCCCAAGAGCGCAGGGCUGGAACAGGCCCCAAGACCUGCUCCCAGGAGGACGGACAUCUCCGAGCUCCCCAGGAUACCAAAGAUCAGGAGAGACGACCGACGGGCGGACGAGGCCCCUGCCGGCGGGCAGCGCGUCGAGAUCCCCAGCUCCUGCAUCAGCCGGCUGACAGGCAGGGAGGGCCCCGGGCAGCCGGGCUGCGGUGCCCGGGCGGAGGGUGAGCCCAGCAGCCGGGGCGCGCAGGAGCCCAGCACGCACUCAGGGGGUGGCCCCCAGCCCCCCACCACGCUGGGGCCCUCCCGGGGAAAGGGUGUCAGCUCCACCUUCGAGAGCUUCAGGAUCAACAUUCCUGGGAACACGGCCCAUUCCGGCAGACUCCUCAGCCCCGGCUUCUGUAACACGUUCCAGCCCGUAGACAGCAAGGUGCAGAGGAGAGAGAGCCCCUCGCCCCUCUUCUCCGUCAGGAAGACGAAACAGCUCAAGAGCGAGAUCUACGACCCCUUCAACCCCACGGGCUCUGACUCCAGCUCCACCAGCAGCAGCCCCGAGCGUCUGGGCUCAGGCCUCCUGCCCUCUGAGAUCACGCGGACUAUCUCUGUCGACAGCCCCAAGGCCCCAGUGCUGCCACCUGUGCGCUGCGUCACGUCCUACACCGUGCAGACCAGCGUGGGGAAGGAGCCCGAGCCCCCGCAGGGGCCCUGCGGCCCACCUGAGCUCCAGGGGGAGGAGGAGCCCGCCACACAGGCGCGGAGGCCGUCCCCGCCGGAGCCCUGGGGGGACGAGGACCUGCCGCCCUGCAGCGCCUUCUUUGGCUCUGAGGGGCGGACCGUGACCUGUGUGACUGUGGUAGAGCCGGAUGCCCCUCCUAGCCCCAACGCCCUGCCCGCGACCACCCACAGGGUCGUGGAGCUGCGGUCCCCCACCCGCUCCCGCUCCCGGUCCCGGUCGAGCUCUCGAGGCAGGAAGAAGGCCCAGAGGCCAUGGGCCGCCUCCAGGGAGUGCCGGGGGGCCCGCUCAGGGUCCCGCUCGUCCCGCUCGGGGGACAGGAGCUCGCGGUCCGUGUCGCCCCCAGCAGUGGAGGACCAGACCAAGAGGCACUGGCCCAAGGCCCGGGACCGGAGGUCUUCCAGCGACCCCUCCAGCAGCCGCGAGCGCACCAAGCGGAAGAAGGACAAGGACAAGGGCAGGGAGAGGAGGAGGGGCUCCUGGGGCCGAGGCCGGCGGAGGUCCCGCUCCCGCUCUGGCAGCCCCGGCAGCUCCUCCCACGAGCACCGCGAGGGCAGGAGGAAGAAGAGGAGGCGGUCGGGGUCCAGGUCUCGGGGGAGGGAGUGCUCCCCCCCCAGCAGCCUGGAGAGGGCCCGGAGGCCCAGGCAUCCCAGGGAGAGGAGGGAGUGGCCCGAUAGGGAGAGCACCUCGCGGCCCCGCGACAGGCGCAGCUCCCGGGACAGGCGGCGACGCAGGUCCAGGUCUCCCAGCCUGGAGCAUAGGCCCCGGGAGCACAGGCGGCCUCGGUCCCGUGAGAAGCACCCACGGCCCCGCCCCCGCUCCCGCUCCCCAGAGAGGAAGCUGGCCCCAAAAGAGGCUUCCCCGGCCCCUCCUCCCCAGGGGGAGCCCAGGCCGGACAGGGAGACCCCAGCUGGGCCCCUGGCCUCGGCGGGAACAGAUGCCUCGCUGGAGGGGCCUGAGGUCGACAAGUCCCCCCCGAAGGCCACCCUGGUCCCAGAGGUACCAGCCGAAUGUCCACUUGAGGACCUGGAUUAUGGUGACUCUGUGGAGGCAGGGCAUCUCUUCGAGGACUUUUCCAACGAAGCCAUCUUCAUGCAGCUUGAUGACAUGAGCUCUCCACCCUCCCCAGAGAGCACGGACUCCUCACCAGAGCGAGGCCUCCCACCCAAGCCCGCCGUGCCCCCGGCCACCCAGCAGCACGAUGCUAGCCUGGCCGUGGCCAUCAUCCGGAGGGAGGUGUCUCGGAUCCAUGGUGAAGACGUGGCACCACCCCUGCCCAGGACCGAGGGCCCCCAAGACACGCACGCACUCCAGCAGGAUGCAGCUGAGGAUGCCAUGGCUCCCUGUGCCCUGGGAGGCCAGGCCGUGGGUGGGGCGUCUGUGGGGAAGGAGGAAGGCCUCUCUCCAAACCCCCUACUGCGGGUGAAGGCGCUGGUAAAGAGAGUCACCUGGAACCUCCAGGAGGCGGACAGUGGUGCCCCGACCGAGGACAGAGGGCUGCGGACACCGCUUCACAGGCCACAGAAGCCCCGGGAAGGGAUCCGGGAAACCGAAGACAUGGGCCCUGUGGCUGGGUUCCAGCAGGCACCCUUCUCGGAGCCGCCUCCCCCUAGUUAUGUGCUUCCGGAGCCUGGUUUUGCCGAUGCUGACCCCUCUCAGGUACAGAGCCUGAACGUGCCCCCCACCUCGGCUCUGCCUUUGAGCAUCCCACCACAUGCGCCCGUUGGCCAGCCCGCGGUGCAGUUCCUUCUGCAGGGGAGCCUGCCCCUGCCAGGCUGCGGGGUGGCCCAGAGCCCAGCCCCAGUGCCCACCGUCCUGGCUGCAGCCACAGAGCCAUCUGGCCACGCUGUCACCGCCACCGCCACUGCCAACAACUCAGAGGAGAGGACAGCUGCCCCCAAGCCAGCCUUGGAGAAGGCCAAAAACGAGGAGUACAUGAAGAAGCUGCACGUGCAGGAGCGGGCCGUGGAGGAGGUGAAGCUGGCCAUCAAGCCCUUCUACCAGAAGAGGGAGGUGACAAAGGACGAGUACAAGGACAUCCUGCGCAAGGCUGUGCAGAAGAUCUGCCACAGCAAGAGCGGGGAGAUCAACCCCGUGAAGGUGGGCAACCUGGUGAAGGCCUAUGUGGACAAGUACAGGCACAUGCGCAGACACCGGCGGCCCGAGGCUGGCGAGGAGCCGCCCGCCCAGGGCACCGAGGGCUGAGGCCUGCCUGCCCAGGGCCCUUUUGGCUGGAGCGGCUGGAGCAGAAAGCUUGGGGCACCCAGCCCCCCUUCUUCAGGGCUUCUGUGGUCACACGUGGUCUGUGCACCUAUCUUGCUCAGUUUAAAACUGGACUUUUUAUACAUAUGUUACAGACACGCUGUUCCCGCUGUGUUCUAAUUUAUCAGAAAUCG